GGGUCUGUUCAGCUGCAGAAUGAAGAGGAGCCAGGUGAGACUGCGCCGGUGGUGAGCGAUGCCCCUCCGCCCUACAGCAGCAUUUCUGCGGAGAACACAGCUUAUUUUGACUACAAGGAUGAGUCAGGAUUCCCGAAGCCACCAUCCUACAACGUGGCCACCACACUGCCCAGUUACGACGAGGCAGAGAGAACCAAGGCUGAGGCCACCAUUCCCUUGGUUCCUGGGAGGGAUGAUGACUUUGUGACACGGGAUGACUUUGAUGACACUGACCAGCUGAGGAUAGGAAAUGAUGGCAUUUUCAUGCUCACCUUCUUCAUGGCAUUCCUCUUCAACUGGAUUGGAUUUUUCUUGUCUUUCUGUCUGACUACUUCAGCUGCAGGACGAUAUGGGGCCAUUUCUGGGUUUGGUUUGUCUCUUAUUAAGUGGAUCCUUAUUGUCAGGUUCUCCACCUAUUUUCCUGGUUACUUUGAUGGUCAGUAUUGGCUUUGGUGGGUCUUCCUUGUACUAGGUUUUCUGCUGUUUCUCAGAGGAUUUAUUAAUUAUGCAAAGGUUAGGAAGAUGCCAGACACUUUUUCCACUCUCCCCAGAACCAGAGUUCUCUUUAUUUACUAAAGAUGUUUUCUGGCAAAUGUCUUCCUGCAUUAGUGAAUUCCCCCCCAAGAAGCAGCAGGACACCUGCAGGAAGUGAAUCAAGGCUCUGGAGCAGAAGAAAAAAUAAUCACCUGCUUUAAAAUAAAUAAAUAAAAGUACUGUUGGAAAAAGAAAAAAGGAGAAGCAUUUCUUUCUAUUUGUUUUUAGGUGUACAAUUUUAAUAAUUAACGCAGAAUUCUGUAAUUGUUGAAUCAUUAGUGGCUAAUGUUUGAAACAGCUAUUGCAGUCGAGUCUGUGACGUGCUAAUAAAGCCUUACAGCGAUAGUUUGUUGUGAUUUGGUAGCAUGAGCCGUCCCCGGAGCCAGCAGGGGCCAGGCUUGCUUUAUUUCCUCCUCCAGCCUGGGAGCUGCUUGGGCUCUGUGUGUGCUGUACAGCCCAUGUAUGCUGUGUGCCACAUCCUGUACAGCCUGUGUGCACUGCAUCCUGUACAGCCUGUGUAACACUGCGUCCUGUACAGCCUGUGUAACACUGUGUCCUGUACAGCCUGUGUGCACUGCAUCCUGUACAGCCUGUGUAACACUGUGUCCUGUACAGCCUGUGUGCACUGCAUCCUGUACAGCCUGUGUAACACCGUGUCCUGUACAGCCUGUGUAACACUGUGUCCUGUACAGCCUGUGUAACACUGCAUCCUGUACAGCCUGUGUAACACCACAGCCUGUGUAACACCACGUCCUGCACAGCCUGUGUAAUAGUCUCCUAUACAGCCUGUGUAACAUCACAUCCUGUACAGCCCCAUGUACACCGUGUCCUGUACAGACUGUGUCACGCCGUGUCCUUUACAGCCCAUGUACAGUGUCCUGUGUAACACUGUGUCCUGUACAAUCCAGUUAUGCCACAGCCCGUACAGCCCGUGUACACCAUGUCCUGUACAGCCUGUGUGCUCUGUGUCCUGCACAGCCCCUGGUGCCAUGUGCUGUACAGCCUGUGUGCACCGUAUCCUCUACAGCCCAUGUACACCAUGUCCUGUACAGCCUGUGUGCUCUGUGUCCUGUACAGCCUGUGUGACACCAUGUCCUGUACAGCCCAUGUGCUCUGUGUCCUGUGCAGUCCCGUUAUGCCACAGCCUGUACAGGCCGUGUGUGCCAUGUCCUGUACAACCCACGCAAGGCCAUGUCCUGUACAGCCCACGUACACUGUGUCCUGUACAUCCUCUGUAUGCAGUGUCCUGUACAGCCACAUAACACCAUGUGCUGUACAGCCCGUGUACCACCACAUCCUGUACAGCCUGUGUGCGCAGUGUCCUGUCCUGUCCAGCCCGUGUACCCUGCAUACACCCUGCCUGUCCAGCCCGUGUACACCAUGUCUGUACAGCCCCCACACAGCAGGUCCUGUCCAGCCCGCAUCCACCCUGUCCUGUCCAGUCCUGUCCUGUCCAGCCGUGCGCGCCGGCAGCGAAGGGAUGAUCUCAAAAGCUGAAGCGACAGCACCACGGUGGCUGCACACCUGCCAUCCAGCAGCACCUGUGCUGCCCUUGGAGGAAAAGGCGUCGCUGUGGUCCAGGUUCCAAGGUGUCAGAGGAGGGAGGAUUACUUAGAGGUGGCACAAGUAUUAAUUUUUAACAGUGUAUAUUCUCGGUGUUGUCCUAAACUUUCCUUUCGCACUACCUACUUUUUUGGGCUAUCCGGGGGUUUUCAUGGAACACUUCGGUAGUGUAAAACUGAAAGAUCACAUUGCAACUUUGUAUAGAAAAUUACCUUGCAAAGCAAAGGCCUUUUUUUUUCCUUUGGCUUGGGACUUUUGAGACAAUUCCUAACAUACCUGUAAUUCCUGCUUUUAUAAUUUGUGUUAGCAGAGACUGAUGCGUCGGAAAUGUAGAUUUAAUGUGCACUCCUGUGCUUUCUGCCAAGUGGUAAUUCACUUUGGAAUUUUACUAUGUUCAACCUGUAAAUACAGCAGAACGUUAAUAAAUGUCACUUCUGUAGCAA